UAGCAAGCGAAACGAGGACACGAUUUGAGAUUUGAGAAGAUAAACUCGAAGAGGCGAGAGAAGAAAGAGAACACAGAGAGGAAAGAAAUCGGCGAAGGAGGUUGGACAAAAGAGAAGCGAAAACACUGGACGGAUGACCCCGGUUCAUUCGACACACCUUCUACAACAUCCACACUUUUAUUCAUUUCAUCCAUCGAGAAUGCUCUCGAUAGGCAUCCUCUCUAUUUGUCUUGUUGGCCUUGCCGGCGCCCAACUUGACGCUUUUGCUCUUCCAUCAGCACAACGUUAUGCUCCUAAACCAACAGUGCCACCAGAGUUUUCCAAUUACUUUGAACUUGAUGGGCAUGCUCGCGAAUUGGUGGACUCUCUGCUAGGACCCCGCCCAGGAGGCCUUUUCCCGGAAAAGACGUUCGAGAUUGGAGCCCCACAAGGUCCAGUUCAAAAUGGAAAUCAGCCAACACACGUUGUUUCAAGCCUAGAGAAGACACUUGAGUCAUUCUUCACUGCUCCAGAGCUUCCCGCUGGCCAAGCACUUCCACCAGGAUUUGGGUCUGGGUUUUCCGUUGCAAACAACAAUAAGGCAUUGACUUCUUUCGGAGACAUUCGUCGUUCGCCAUCAGGCAAAAAGGAAAACCAGGAGGUAGAAGGAUCCGGUGCUGUCGAAAACUCAAUUGCAGGAAUUCCAAAUGUAUUCUUGAAGUUGGCAAAACAACCAACUGCUCUAGUUGACGCAUUCAACAAGGCAGUUUCGGUUCCAAGAGACUCCAGCGGAAACCCAGUGUUUGAGACAGCACCAGUUGUCCCAGAAGGUGGAUUCCUUCCAACUUCAGAAGUUCGUCGCUCUCCAUCUUCAGUAUCUGAAGUCUCGCACUCAAUUGAUUCUAAAUCAGAUGAACUUAAUACAGAAGAGUAUGGAGGUCUUUCCGAAGACUCAAACUCGUCUGGAGGUGGAUUGAUUGGAACUAUUUUCAAUCUUAUCAAGCUCGGAGGAAAGAAAGCUAAGGAGAACGCCAAAAAUGGGAACGGAACCGCUCCAGAAAAGAACACUAUCGGAAAGGCUGUAUCCAACCUCCUUUCGGGAGAAAACAGUCCAUUCCCAAAACCUGGUAGCAACAUUCUGACUGAUAUGCUUUUCAAGACUCUUUCCAGUGGUUCACUCGAGUCCAAUGGAACUGAAAUUGAGAAGAGUGAAAAUGGCUCAAUUGUCCUUACCCCAGCUCAAUCUGCCGCCAUCAGCAGCAAUCUUGAAAUGAUUCAAGAUCUUAUCAUCAAGCCAAACUCUCCACUAUGCACACAAAAACCAAUCCCGGUUGAAUUUGAACUCGAUCCUCUUAUGGGACAAUGGUACCAAGUUAUCUACUCUCCACCAGUAUCUACUGGCCCUUGCAGCAUGGUUUCUUACAAAAAACUUAGUGAUAAUGGAGAAGCCACCGGAUCAAUCGUAGAUGUCUAUGAGUACACAACUGAUGGAACUCCAUAUGGAAAGCCAAUAAUCUCUUCUGGAUAUGCCUUGGUGAAAGGAAAGGGAGAACUCAUCUUCAGAACAAAUUCCAACAAAGAAGAUGUGACUGUGCACAUUCUUAGCGUUGGACCAUUGAAUCAUCAGGGAGAAUAUGAAUAUGUUGUCAUGUCCACCAACUGCAACUAUCCAGUCUAUGUAUUUGCAAGAGAUACUAGCAUUUUCAAGCAGAAAUACGAACCAGUUGUCAAUGAGUUCCUGGACAAGAGCGGAAUUGUGAAUGGAAUCUCUCGCCUGCUUAAUGUUGUUGCUCCAGUCGACAACACUAUGUGCAUCUUCCCACCACAUCUUUUCUACAACCAAGGAAGAUAGUUUACUCGCCACCAUCUUAAUAAUUUCUAAUAACUCCUAAUAAUUUUUAAUAUGGUUUUUUUCCAUCCAUCAUCCCGUUCUCAUUGCCCUUUCUUCUCUUUCAACCCUCGGGUGAUUACCUCAUCUUUUUAAGUCUUAGUUUACAAUCCAAAGCAUUUUUCUUUAAUUUUCAUUUAGAAACUACACAAAAAAUCAGGCCGUGGGCUCGUGCAUUCCUUGUUGUAUAUAGAAUUUCGAAUAAUUUAUUCCUUUUUAUAAUUUCGGUUAUAUUUUUUCUACGUCUUUCACACUUGUCCUAAUAAUGUUGAUAAUAUGCAGUUAAUAAAUUUUUUAAACUAU